AUGGUACGAUAUGUAAAGAGACCGUGGUAUACACCACUGGGGUUUAUGGCCUACGCCCCGCAAUCAUACGCCCCACUACUAAUGGUUCUCUCCGUAGCGAUUACAUUCCCAUUACGAUAUAAACUCUCCGAGUACUUUGAACGGCAGCGGGAUGGACCACACGUGGAGUUGCGGCGAAAGGCCGUACUUUAUUAUAGUGAGAUGGAACGUAUGCACAGACGACAGGCAUUGCAGAAUCAAGCCAAUCUGCAGGAGGAUGAUAGUGCACAUCGACUCUCCGCUACUCUGCAGGCAGAGGCACUGCGAAUGGGGCAUGUGGAUCAGGAGUAUAAUUACUGGUAUGCACACCAGCGGGAUGCCUUGCGGGCAGAGAAACUAUUGGCAGAAGUAAAGGAACUGCAGGCACGUCUGGGGCAGCAGGCAUAG